AUGGGGAAGAAGAGGAUUCAGACGACGGCCUCCACAGAAGUCACACGACUGGCGGAAGAUAAGGACUUGGGAAUCUCCUAUGGACCUGGGCCCGAUGGCAACAAGUUUGAUAUCUUCAUGCAGGAGGAAACGGAUGGAGUGGUGGCAGCUGAGCGCAUUUCUCGUAUCCUCAAGGCACCUUCUGGGAGGGCGCGGCCAAAGGCACCCUCUUUCAAGGGCACUGUUGACAGGUAG